UCUCGCAAUACAGUACUCAUUAUAGUCACAAAAUGACACAAUUACAAAAAAUAAACUAUAUUACCAAAAGGGAAAACACUUUGAUUGUUCAUUUGAAAUAUAUAGGACUCGGAAAGACGACUAAUUGGCUACCUUAAAACAAAUUACAACAUGUUUAUGUCACAUCUCGAACUCCAUACACGUUAAUUAAACAUGUGGGGCAUAAAACAUCCGGUUUCAAGGAAGUCGACAUAACAAUAUUUCAAUUAACGAUCUAGGCAUAAUAUUUGUGGGAUCGGAAAAAUGAAUUAUACAAAUGUUGGGCACACGCACAUAUUAAACCAACUGAACACUUACAUUUCUAUAAAAACCUUGUCAUCGAUGAAAAAGUGCAUUUGUUAUUGUCUUGUCAUGUUUACUUGUUCAGGAAGCCAUUAUUUGCCGGAAGUAUAUUCGAAAAAUAUUUCGUUUCAAAAUCGAUCAUGGAUAAAUUACUCACGAUCCGUUUGUUCUAAAAUUUGUAUAAUUUGUUUAUGAGGUAAUUUCAAGUUAUGUUAUAAAGUAAAUAUUUAAUAUAAGCAAUAUUUAACAAAUUCGCAAAUACGAAUCAAUACACAUUUCUGACCAAGAUGGACGACCGAUGAAAUUAAAUCGGGAGGAGAGUCAAUUAUAUCAAGAUUCUUUUCAAAUAGUGCGUUUCAAGCAAAACUACGAUGAAAAACAUCAUUAUUAUAUCAACGGUCACAAUCAUUGGGGUCGCAGUUGCCACCGCAGUUGCAUUCGCAGUAUUCGUCUGCUGUAAAAUCAAAAGGAAAGCGAACGAGGACCAUCGACCAAGCAUAUCCGACGGCAUUUCUGAAUCAACUGACCCCCUCGUUAAUUCAAAAGAUUCCCUGCACUACAAUAUCUGUGAUGUAAGCUACCAAAUAAGUGACGUCAGCGAAUAUGCCACUCCAUCGGACGUUCCGGAUGACUGGCCGAGCAUUGCCCGUUCCCGCCCGGCUGCUAUGAAGAGCGAAUAUGACACCCUUUCCAAUUUCAAAGCGACGAAGAAAUCCAAUAGCCGAGUGGCGUUGGUGCACGCUUACAGUCACGUGUCAAUAGUCCCAGCCAAUGAGAUACUCGAAAAUGAUUCCACGAUUGAAAACGAAUAUGAUGUGUCGACCUUGAAUAGGCGACCUUCCGUGACCAUUUUAGACCAAAACGCAUACAGUCGCAUGGCAAUAGUUCCAACCAAUCAGAAACUUGAGAGAGAAUCAAAUAUUGAAAACGAAUAUGACCUGUCGACCUUGAAUAGGCGACCUUCCGUGUCCAUUUUAGACCAAAACGCUUACAGUCACGUGGCAAUAGUUCCAACCAAUCAGAAACUCGAGAGAGAUUCAAACAUGGAAAACACAUGACCAAAGUUUUAGCUGCGCAUGCGCAGGAACAUUUUAUGAAUGUAAAAAAAAUACGACGUAAUGUUUACUGCUCAUAUUUAUUUUAAGCUCUCUUUUAUUUUCAGAUUUUAAUUCUUUAAAAUAAAAGUAUUGUUGC